GUUAACUGAGGAGUCAUUGAUUUUCUCCACUAUGUGAUAUUUAACUAUAGUUGUUUGGAGCGCGGUAGUUAGUUGUCCAACACUCAGCUGACGUUACUGUAGUUUACUGCUUCCUCCGUUACCUGGCAACGCUGGAUGGUUACCUGGCAACGCUGGAUGGAGAUGGAGCAGCAACACCUGACCAACAGCAGCUAGUAGUUAACUAGUUAACUAGUUACUCGAUUACUCGAUAACUAUUCGACUUGUCGAAAUGUGUCAAAGACGAAAUAUGUCUGUAACAAACGUGAAGCUCAAUCUGAACGACUGUCUGCCAAAAACAUGUAAGGCCUUAUUGACGGCUUCAUGCCUGUCACGUCCCAGCGACCCGAUACAGUUCCUGAAGGACACUCUGAAGGCCCUCCAGAGACACGCUAACCUGCAGCAUGUUGACUGGCACAAGUUUGUUGCUGAUGCAGAGCAGCACGCCGAUGCACAGCAGCGCCCUGCAGACACCGUCUAUAUGGACCCAGACUAUAUGGACCAAGACUACACCAUGACGUCCUUCUGUCUGUACGAGAGGGCCUACUGCUGUUACAGGGGAAAUCUAACAAGGAUUUGCUUCAGGAAAUGGAAGAGGUUCAUUACGCAGCGUAAGAGACGUACCAGAGAGCUGGCUCUGAUGAUGGACGUGGCAAAGACGCAUUAUGAGAGGAAAUGCAGGCAGGUUGCACUCAGCAGAUGGUCCAACUGGGUCAAACUACACAAGGAGACGCAGGCCGAUGCCAGGAAGAACCAGGCUCGCCGCCUGAAGCGUAUCAUAGCUGCAUGGCAUAAUGUUGCAACGGACACAAAGAGGAGAAAAGAGUACCUCAAGAGGAUGGAGAUGGGGUCUGUAGAAGUCAACAACAAAGUCGACCAGAAGAAGGAAGGAAGUUACGGCGUCUCUGAUCUCCCCAGCAGCCUCUCUCAUAAGAUCUUUAAGUAUUUGGAUACUGUCGACUGGCUAAACUGUGCCACGGUGUGUUCAUCAUGGAAAGCUCUCAUCCAGUCAGGCUCAAUGUGGAGUCAGAUCAACUUCUCUGCGGAGAAAGACCGGAUAACAGACAGCACAGUGAAGCAGACUCUGCACAACUACCGCCCAUAUGUGAUCCAUCUCAACAUGCGCGGCUGCACGUUUCUGAGAUGGCCCGGCGUGAAAUCUAUCAGUGAAUGCAAAAAUCUCCAGGACCUCAAUCUGUCGGAGUGUUUUAAUGUUACAGACGGGAUGGUUCAGAGGAUUGUGGAGGGCUGUCCCUGCCUGCUCUACUUGAACCUUUCUUGCACACUUAUAACAAACAGCACUCUCAGAGAACUGUCCAGGAACUGUCUCAACCUUCUCUACCUGAGUCUGGCCUACUGCUACAGAUUCACAGAUAAAGGGUUUCUGUACCUGACCACAGGGAAGGGCUGCCACAAUCUCCUCCACCUCGACGUGUCCGGCUGCACUCAGAUGACUGUAAACGGGUUCAAAUACAUUUCUGCCGGAUGCCCUUCUCUCAAUGAGAUUGUGAUCAAUGACAUGCCCACGCUGUCAGACAGCUGUGUCUUGGCGCUGAUUGCCAGAUGUCACUGUCUGUCUGCCAUCUCUCUGCUGGAUGCUCCUCAUCUUUCCGACGUCGCCUUAAAAGCCAUCGCUGAAGGAGCCAAACUGAAGAGUUUUAGAACCGAGGGUAACAACCGACUGACAGACGUCAGCUGGAAGGCUCUGUGCAGCAGCUCACCGGGCCUCACCAGACUCCACGCUGCAGAAUGCUCCAGAAUGACCAACAUCAGCCUCAAAUCUGUGGCCAACCUCAAUAACCUGCAUCACCUGGACAUCUCACUCUGUGACAGGGUGAGUGAUGCUGGGAUCCAGUAUCUGACUGAUGGUUCCUCAUCCACCAAACUGAGAGAGCUGAAUGUCAGUUAUUGCAGUCGCAUCACGGACAUAUCUGUCAGGAGGAUUUCACAGCGGUUGUGUAAACUGGACCAUCUCGACGUGAGUUACUGUGAGAGACUGACUGACUUGAGUCUGGAGUGGCUGAGUGGCAGCUACGUCCACUCGCUGGACAUCAGCGGUUGCAACAUCCAGGAUCAGGGGCUGGUGGCCCUGGAGGGAACUCGCUUGAAGAAGUUAGUUAUUGCCGAGUGUGUCCACAUCACAGAUAUUGGCAUGGAGAAGCUGUGCAAGAACGCCAGAGAUCUGGAACAUGUUGAUGUGUCUCACUGUGUAGCUCUGUCAGACCUGUCCAUCAGAGCCAUCUCAUUCUUCUGCAGUGGUCUAGUCUCACUGCAGAUGUCAGGCUGUCCCAAGAUGACCGACAUGGCGGUGCAGUAUCUGACCAGUGGAGCUCAGUACCUGCAAGAACUCGAUGUGAGCAGUUGUGUUCUUCUCACAGAUCGCAGUCUCCGAUACUUAGAGAGGAUCUGUCCUCCGCUCCGCUCCAUCAAGAUGCUCUGCUGCAGCGGCAUCUCCAGGGCGGCCGCCUUAAAGCUCCAGCCACGUGUGGAGCACUGGGAGCACAACAACGAAGACCCUCCGCGCUGGUCGCACGGCGCAGGCGAACUAGUGUAUCCGAUCACAAGACCCAUCAAGAAUGAUGAGACCUGGGAGGAGGGUGAACGGCACUCAGUGAUGACGAGAGCAGCAAGUACAGAGAGGAUUUAAACAGAUGUCAAUAAGUGAUGAUAUUGUAAAAAUAGAGCCCUACGUAACCAUGGCAA